ACUUUUGUGACAUGCAGGAGACAUGAGUGCGAGCGUGCAGCUUUUGAAAUACGCUUGCGAUGGACUUUAUGUUGUGUAUUCAUCCAGCAGCGCUGUUAGCUGGGGCUAGAGUUGAGGUUGAAGUAAUGCCUAAUGGAGCUUCAUUUUGUAAGACCGCAAACCAGUCUACAAGAGCUGAAAGUGAAACGUUUUUUCGUGCUGAUCCUAUUUUUCUUUUUAAAAAUGAUAUUGAUCUCUUUAGAAAUAGUGUAUUGUAUGCAUGGUUGUGGCCUGAGAAAAAAAAACGGCUGGAAAUGCGUCUUUGAAGUCAGCCAAUAAUGAGGAGUUUCAUACAAUCUUAACCAAUGGAAGAUGCCGUUUCAUUGACAACCGAAUCACCGGGGACUUUGGUUGCAAAUCAUGCAAAUAAACCUGCCUAGCCGGCGCAGCCUACAAGGCCAAGGGCCGGCCAAGGGACGAUCGACCACAGACAUGAUACUUUGAUAGACCAGGAGGAGAAAAAGUUUUGACUAAGUGGCUGGAGCAAGAUUAGUCUCGUCCUAAAUCAGCCAAAAUCGCGUGUAUUCCGCUGUCCAGUUUGUGCUGGGCUGGUAGUGUCUCUAGAUGCACAAUGUCUUCAACUGAAGAUGACACUAGUGUGCCCAUCCUACCAUCAGAUUCACCAGGGAGCUCUGUCUCGACAACAUUGCAGGAUGAAUAUCAAGAGUUGCUGAAAUAUGCAGUAGUUGCUCCAAACUAUGACCCUACUAACUUGCCACAGUCUCUGGCUCAAGCCGUCCAUGCCUUCUCUAACAGACCUCCAAGAGACGAACUCAUCUUUGAAGAGUCUUCUGUUACCUCAACAACAGACAAGAGCUCCGUAGAUGAGGAUACAUUAAGAGGCAAGGAUAGCGUGCAGGCUGUUCUAGGGUCAAGCUCAGAGAUUGAAUCAGAUGACAGAUUGGAGCAAGCAGAAAGGGAGAACGAUUUCAAAACAGUCCUGCCAGAUCAGAUGACUCCAGUUCGACCCAGUUUGAGUGGUUUGGUUGCCACAGCAACCCCUGAAACGCCAGACACGGAUGAAUCAAGAGUGACAGAUUCAGAUCUGUCGACAAGCAGUGUCAUGUCUCCAUCCAUUGACCAGGACUUGGCAAGGAUGGGAGCAAACAUAGACAACUGGUGUUUGGAUCUUAAACGCCAUAUCCUGGCUGAAAUGAGUCAGUCCAAGAUCUGUCUAAUUGAGCGACAUCGUCAGGAAAUCAAGUCACUUAAAGACAGGCACUGCAGAGAAGUCAACCAACUCCAGAAUGACAUUGAGAACCUGAAAGAGCUUUUGCACACGUACGAAGUUUCCAUCGAGCGUAAGGACGGGGUCCUGUCCAAUCUCACGAGGGCGCUUCAGAGGCAGAAGGAAAGGUUUGAAAUGUUGAGGAGAUUUGAGGCCUGGAAGCUUCGUCAUGCUGAAGAUCGCAGAGAGGUCUUCACCAGCAAGUUAGCCGUGAGACAGCGGGAGCGGCGUUUAAUGACCAAAGUCUGGGAUGCGUGGCACAGUCUGAUUGAGGCCAAAUGGAAACAGCGCGUGGAGAAAGCCUGCCAGUCCAAAGCACAAGAAGUGUGUAUGUCACUCACCAACGACUAUGAGACAAGACUGGCUUCUGUGAACGAAGCCCUUGAGUCCUCGCGGGCUGAGGUAACACGUUUGCACGCUGAACGGGAAAUGUAUGAAGAGACCAUGAAAAAGGCAUUCAUGCGAGGUGUCUGCGCUCUUAAUCUUGAGGCUAUGACCAUGUUCCAGGAAAACGAAGGAAAUGGCAGCGGCACGGGGGCUCCUGAUGAGGAUCACACCCAUCAGCCUACAGCAACCACCAUGAGUAUACCCACAACCUCCAAGCCAGUGACACAUACCAAGGCGAUACCCCAGCCACGGACAGUGACAAGCCAAAGUGCGACAACCCCGGGCACAUUGACUCAAAGUGCAGUGGGAGCGUCGUCAAGCAAGGUUACCAGUUCCCGGACGAGUCAAAGCUACAAAGCUUCCAAGACCAUCACAGCUAGGAUCUCAACACGCCCAGACAGUGGCAAGGCAGGGCAGGUGGGUGACACCACCUUAGCCCCGCCUAUGAGUUCUGUCAUGGUAGAAAGACAUCGCCCAGUCACACAGCAAACCAUUGGUCAUGCCAUGGCUUCCAAGUAUCCUCAGACAGCAGGAGACUCGUCGCAACGAAGCAGCAAGCAACCCAUGCCAGGAAAUGUCCAGACCCAUCCGCAUCACCAGGCUGGCCAGUCAAGCCAGCAGCCAGUGGGCGUAGCCCAGAGAAAGGUUCCAGGGCAGAGUGGGCGUGUGACCCUGGCGGCAUCACCCAACAUCCACACCGUCAAAGUGGUCCACUAGAGCUUGGUGGAAAAGGUUCACCUUGCAUUAUUGAUAAUUUAGAGGAUGUCACGAAUCAGUGAAGUAUGAUUUCAGAUUUUGGUAUUGAAUGCACAGAGAAGUUUGUAACUUCUCUCACUGCUCCAUAAAAUCUUUGGGUGUCUGUGGAUGUCAACAUUACUUUGUAUGCCGAGGGUUGUUUAAGGUCUGUGCAUUUUCUGUUUAAAUUUUCAUGAGCAGUUACUUGACAGUGCUGCCUGGACAAAAGGUCAGUAUAAUUUGUAAAUAAGGACAGAACUUCUAUAGUUAAUGCACGACGAUGUUCAUUACCAUAUAAGGGAGAGGGAUUAUGAAUCAGUAGGACAACACCUUACAUCAAACAGUUUAUCACGCUGGGUAUGGGUGACUGUAGAUGGAUCUUGAAAUGAAAGUAUGAGAGAAAAAAACUCCCAGAUGUUUUAACCUGUGUCUAAUCCCUGGAUGGUUAUGUUGCCGCGGAAGAUUUUUCACAAAUUGGGCCCUCAUCGUAGAGAGGACGAUCUGUAGUUUGGCAAUGUUUAGCAAAUCUCUUUGACCAGCUGCUCAGUUCAGGUCUCUUGUAUUUACAUCAGUGCAGAACCUUUGAAGCCGCAGAGGGAACCACAUCUUAGGGAUUCUUGUACUAUCAGGAUAAUCCCCUUUGACUGAGCUACAUUCAGUCAGUUUCAACUUUAUAGCAACAAGCUGUUCACCUCCGGCUUGUAGACCAAUCUCCCAUUAAGUUCUUUCCCAAAUAUGUCACAGCUUUGCUCUUGCUAUAGAAAUACAGUCAGUGAAAGAUAAGGCAUGAUAAAGGAAGUGUGUAUUUUAUCAAAUAUGGAGAAGCCAAGACUGAGAUGGCAUCAUGCUAACAAACCGUCCUGCACGUAUUCAAGGGUAGACCCAGGUUCAUAAAAAGACAUACAACCAUGACCCCCCCUUCACAUUUUGUAUUUUAAAUAUAUCUGGAUCUCUCACUGGUAUUCCGACAUUUGAAAUAUAUUUGACUCGGUGGUACACCCAGGAUUUGUCAAGGGGGAAGGGAAGGCUUGGACCAGAAUUGACCGAUGAUACUCGAGCCCCCUCCCCCAGUUUCACAACAGGAGACUGGGAUGUGCGGCUUAACCUAUACAUUUCUGAACCUGGGUUUAUACAUCCCUCUGUGACACUUGUACAAAUUAGCUAUAGUAUAGAAGUAACUUGCAAAACACCGACUGCUUGAACUUAUAGUAGAACCAGGCUGAUGCUAGCUUGAAGUGAUUCUUUUUUGAAAUGCAUUCUUUGACAUGAAAAAAUUGUGUUAAUGUUGCAUUAGUGUUUCUGUAAAAACUGAUAUUCCUGUUAUAUGUGUGUAUAUUUUAUUCAGAUAACUUUUAUCACGCUUUCCAUUUAUUCAGCUUUUUAUUAAACCAGUUCAAACUUUAUGCCGUGAUUCAGUUGUUUGUUUGAAGAGAUACAAAGGUCAUUCUGUACCCAAUCAUAAGAUAUUAGGUCAGGGUACAUGUAAAUCCCAUGUGAUCUGAAGCUUGCAAAAAUGUUUAGAAAUACUUUUGACAUUCCAAACGAAGGAAAGUGAAAUUUUACCUUGAUAUUUUUAAAUAAGGGAAUAAUGUGCUUGGCCGGUCUUAAACAUGCAUUUAAGACCGACUCAGGAGAAAGGACGUGACUAAUGCCCGUAGGCACAGGCAUUAUCAGCUUUCAGUCUCCUGAGCCGAUCUUCAACAUUAGUUUAAGACCGGCCAGCACAUAUUUAUUCCCAUUCAUAAAUACCUUUUUCAAUCAUACUCAAAAGAAGUCAAUAUAUGACGGAUUUCCAUUGAUUUAGUUCUGGAAUUUUACUUUUAUUUUUCCAAACACCUCCAUCAAUUUUAUUUUAUAGUAGUCCAAGUGAAUCUCCUUAUAUGGACGUGUGCACACACUCGACCAAUCAGAAUCUAUCAAACCAUCUCCUAUCCAGGUAUCGGUGCAUGAUUUACGCAGCAGGAAUUAUCAAAUGUUAAUACAUGGUCAAGUUACACCUUGAAUAGGCAGACUGUCUGAGGUAUUUGUUUUUUUUUAAUAGCCUCUGAGAGUUCAAGUGCUGCGCUGCUUUUUUCAUCCUUGUAACUGUUUUCCUUUUUUUCGCUGGCGGGGUGGGGGCGGGUAGUCUUUCACAUGCGUGCAGUAAUUAAUUAUGCAGGGUAACCGCAUAGAAACCCCCAUUUCGACCAGUCAACGGGUGUCUAUUGAACUUUUUUCAUAAGUUAGGUUUGCCUUUUAUGGUGCUCCCCAUUUCACAUAAUGCAUGUAAACGUGAUAUUUUGGUUGGAUUUUCGUAAGUUGUAUUUGCAUUUUACAUACAUUGUAUCAUAACUUUUGACCACCUGUUAUUUUUUGAGAAACAGCUGUAAAUUGUUUUAUUCAUGUUAUUCUAUGAAAACUUGUCAAAUCAAAAAUAUUGCACUUAAAUGAAAUAACAGAACCUGGUACGCCAAGGUGUGCUCCAAAACAAUGCUGAUUUUUCAAUAUUUAUUAAAACUGAAAAAGGGAGUUUUCUUUUCUCUCUGAAUAAUCCAGCAAAAACCAGCACAAAUGAGUGCCUUACAACAAGAGCCUCUUUACAAUGAGAAGCAAGUGCUCAGUCCCUUUAUUACCCUGUGUUUGCCUCAGUGGCUACCAUGCAGUUUGGAUUGUUUGCAUCUAACAAAACAGCAGAAACAAUCACAACUAAACUCCAAAAUAAAAAAACGACACCAAUCCAAUCCAAUCAAAUCACAUAGAAAAAUAAGCGUGAGAAUGCUGAAAGAGCUUCCCCUACAAAGUUCUUUGAAAAAAGAAAAAUUAUUUCAGAAUGUUGUCCACACCAAAAUUAAGUCUGGCACAUUUUGGGCCAAAAAAAAACCCCAAAACAAUGUUUCUGAUGCAAAACAAGGGUUGUCUAAUUCAUGAAGUAUCUAUUUUGCAGUAAACGCUGUUUAUAUAAAAACCUGCGACAAACUGCCAGUUAGAAAAGAACUUAUUUUGGAGAGUGUCUGUCCAAAAUGUUUCUCAGGAAUUGUUUCAAACUCAUUCUUACAACCAUCAUUUACAGUAUUGCAUAGCACUACAAAGAAACAGCAAGUUGAAAAAAAAAAUCCAAACAAAACUGCCAGUACAUAUGCGAUACAAUGCAGCCCAUGGCAUUUUCUUGGUCUAAAAGUGCUCUUUACAGCUCAUUUAACUUUGACAUUAAUAUCUUUAUAAUUAGUAUCUUUUUCUAAAGAUAAUUUAUGGGAGAAAUACUUAACUGAUCCCUGUGAGUACCAUAUUACGGGUCUUUUAUUAACUUCAACUUUGUUGCCCAAUAGUUGUUUUUCUUUAUUAGUGGAUGUUAUUUUACUCAUGGACUAUGGUCAUUGAUACAAGUUUCCCAGUUAAUUCAUCAAACAAGAUGUAUUUCACACAAAAGUACAUGUUUUUUUUAAUUUCAUGGGCUUAAAAAUAAGAAAUUUGGUACCGAAUUGGCAACAUUAAGUUUCAUUUCGUUUGCAGUGUACAAUGCGCAUGUAGUUCAUGAUUACAACAUUCCUGCACUUUUGUCUCAUGCAAGUAGCAAGCUGCUGUCAACAGUUCAACAAAUGCGGAUGUCAUCACUGACUUCUCAUUGAAUUCAGUUACAUGUAAAUGUAGGGAUACCCAAAUGUACAUUUGUACCAAGGAGCUGGAUAAAUAAUAACACUGUUUCUUUGAAGCCCUCAAAGAUAGAACAAGGAAUUACUCUCAAGAGAAGCACUGCUAAUAUAUAUUGAUCUUCCUCCAUGAUUUGCACUUACAUGUAUCGUUCUUGAAAUUCAGAACUCAACAAAAAGGACACCAACAAUUUUACAAUUUUCUUCCAUCCAUAGAAUAAAAGAGAUGACAGAAUUUUGGAAAGUGAAACACUCCGCUCCAACAGACUUCACUAACAAAUCGCCAACAUUAGCAUUUCAACCUUACACUGACAGAAUUGAAUGGCCCUAGGCCUGCGCCAGGUACCCGGGUACCCGUCUGUCGAUAUAAAAUCCUGGUUCCAUUUUCUCAGGCCAGGUACCUGGACAAAAUUCCAAAUAUCAAAUGUAUGUGAACUAUAAUAGUGAAGGGCAGAAUUGCUGGCAAACCAAAAUUCCAUUUCAGAGAUCAAGGGAGCUACGUUUGUUACAAAUUGAAGGCAACACUUCGUUUAAGAAAAAGGUGGCUUCAAUGUUCAGAAAAAUGUGCUGCUUCCCAUGUAUGGAAAAAAGAGUGCUGUUUCCGGCACAUGGUCCAAUGCCAUUUGUUAAGUGUUCGUUCUAUUUUAAGGGUACUUCGUUCCAAAAAUACCUAUAAAUGCACAGCCCUAAAUGGCCCAAUCACUAUAUAAAUGGCAAAAGAUGACUUUGCUUUGACAGGACUGCUCUCUAACUGCAGAAGACAAAGUUGCUGUCAAGUAGAACCAAAUUGGCAGGUUUCUAUCAUGAAUUACAUCGCAAAUGAAAUGAAAUCUCCUAGCACAAAUUUAAAAUCGAGUUUCAGCUUAACCAAAUACCUCAAUGGAAAUGCAUCUUACCAUCUAAUAAGUAUAGGCCCCUCAAAAGUGAUCAGAAAAAUCACUUUGAAGUGAAUGGCAAAUUGAGAAGAAACCAAACUGGUCUUUUUCCAACAAAACAAUUACUUCACAAAGGGGAAAGCUUGGUGCAAGAGAACAUGACGUCCGUACGUUUGCUAAAUUAUUUUUACAAUCUAUUGUCAUGGGUUUAACCAUUUGACAACGCAACACUUUCAACUCCCAUUCCAUCUUUUUCUUAUUUUAAUGAUUAGUUAAUGCAUCUGCAAUAUGACGCAUACCAACUUGCAGCAAACAGACCAAUGGAAACAAAAUAAACAUUAUCAACAUGAAUUUUUAGGUACUAUUAAAAUGCCUGCGACCAAAAUGAAGCAUAACAGAACCAAAUAAACACCAAACAAUUAUUGUCCAGGCCAUUCUGAGGCACACCAUAAUAAAACAUAUAAAUACAUACAAAUAUUUCUAGGACAGGUUACAGAGCUGAAAGUUGUCCAAGUUCUUAGGUGAGUAUCAUUUCUACUUCGUUUUUUUUUUCAAAACUGAAUUAAAAAGUAGUUUCUUUUCUGGCCAUUAAUUUCGCUUUUUAAACUGCAAGUUCUUCAUUGGCAUUUACACUGUAUGUUAUCAAAUAUUCUGUUAAACUCCCUAACAAAACACUGAAUUUCUUAAGCUAUUCAUUUUGAAGGCUGAAUUUCAUUAAGAAAUUUAAAAGCUUCAAACGAGAAUCCGCUCCGUGAGACAGCUUGAAAAAAAAAAGAGAGAGACAAACUUCUGUCUUUUAAUCUUAUGGAGGCUGCUGAAGGGAUAAUAUUCUCUGUGUACAUUUGGAAGCAUUGGUAUUAAGGUUUAUAACGCCAGCGUAUUCAACUGUCUACCAUUUUUGGAACCUGGGGGGGGGGUAUGUUCCCA